AUGAUCGGGUCGUCCCAGGGCGACGUCUACGCCUUCUCCCACGACGGCCCGUCCGCCCAGGCGUCCCAGACCCCCGGGCCGACGCGAAUGAGCGUUCCGAAGAGCGACAUAUCCCUCCGAUCAGCCGGGCGCCCGAGCGACGCGCGCCCCUCGCAGGACCCGGGCCCGUCACCGCCCACAGCAGGAGGCAGCGGCGCAGCGGCGCCCGUGGGCCGCACGACGCGCAAACGCGGCCUGCGGUCCGUCGGGGGCCCGGGCGACGGCGACGACGACGGCGCGGCGGGCCGCGGCGCGGCGACGGGCGGGAACGGGCGCAUAGACAACAGUCUGGGACAACUAACUAAGAAGUUCCUAGAUCUGGUGAACGCGACGGACGACGGGGUGCUGGAGCUGAACAAGGCCGCGGAGGCGCUCGGGGUGCAGAAGCGGCGCAUCUACGACAUCACCAACGUGCUGGAGGGCAUCGGGCUGAUAGAGAAGGUGUCGAAAAACAACAUACAGUUCAAGGGAUACAACCCCGCGCACCCGCUCCCGGCGACCGCGGCGGCCGGCGCGGGCGACGAGGAGCUCACGCAGACGCUCGAGUCGCUCCAGCGCGCGGAGGGCGCGCUCGACAUGGCCAUCGCGGAGGUCAAGGACCGCACAUCGGACUUCCUCAGCAAGAACCAGGAUUUGAUAUGGCUCACGAACCAGGACUUCCUAUCUGUCGAGCGGCUGCGGAACGAGCUCGUCUUCGCGGUCAAGUUCCCCCAGGGCACCUCCGCGGAGUUCGCGGACCCGGCGGCCGGCGGGGAGGAGUCGGCCGCCCAGCACAGUGGAUACUGGCUGCGGCUGAAUUCCAACGGCAAGGGGCCGCUGGAGGUGUUCGCGAUCGCGCGCGGGGACGAGGGGGAGGAGGGGGCGGGGCCGUCCGGGGCGGCGCCGUCCGUGGCGGGGCCGUCCGGGGCGGCGACGGACGCGGCGAGCGCGCGCGGGGCCGCGGAGGGGGUGGGGGGAGUGCCGGAGGCGUCGCCGCUGCGGAGAGGGCCGCAGGGGGUCGGGCGGACGCCAGCGGGGUGGUCGCCGGUGCCGGGUCUGGAGUCGCCGGGGCGCGGCCUGAAGCGGUUGCACGUCGAGGACAACGACCCGCAGUACUGGUUCGAGGACGAGGGCCCCGCCGUGGCGCUCGAAGACCUGCUGCGCGACCCCACGGCACCAGACGGCGACGACAAUGAAGACGCCGCCCCCGCUGGCGCCGGCGCCGGCGGGGGCACAUAG